AAAAAAAAAAACUAAAUUCCUACAGUGUGCUCAUCUUUGAAUUAGGUAUUGAGGUAACAAUGAACUGGAACUCCAUUUCUUUUUCUUUUUUCUUUUUUCUUUUUGUCUUUUUGCCAUUUCUUGGGCCGCUCCCUCGGCAUAUAGAGGUUCCCAGGCCGAAUCAGAGCUGUAGCCGCCGGCCUAAGCCAGAGGCACAGCAACUCGGGAUCUGAGCCACGUCUGCAACCUACACCACAGCUCACCACAACGCCGGAUCCUUAACCUGCUGAGCGAGGCCAGAAAUCGAACCCGCAACUUCAUGGUUCCUAGUUUGAUUCGUUAACCACUGAGCCACGACAGGAAAUCCUGGAACUCCAUUUCUUAUAAGAGUAUACAGUCCAGUGGAGAAAGCAUUAAUUUAACAAGUUGUUUCUAGGUACUUGCCCUCAUCUUCCACAGAGGGUCUGGGGAACCCAGAAGAUGCAUUCCCCAGUCUGGGAGAUUCUGGAAAGGUUUUCUAAGGAGGUGGCACUUGACUUGAGUUUUGAAGGAUGAGUAUAACUUAGGGAAAGAAUGAACAAUGAAUUUAGUACAUGAAAAGAUUUUCAGUACUUUAAGAAUGUGGUGAGAAAAAAAAAAAGAAUGUGGGGAUCUGUCAACACAAAUUUCGUUAAAGUGUUUGCUUUGAUUUUCCUAAGUGAUGUUGGGCCAGAACAACUUCUUGGUUCAAAAUUUUCUCUCCUCAGUGAAUCAUAUUUGUUCUUGAUGAAAUACCAUUGCAACAAGAGAACUUGUUGUAACUUUCCUUUGUAGUCACAACCCACUUUACUCAACAUCUGUUCAUAGCAGAAAGGAUGUUUAUUUUUUAGGCCAGUGUCCAUUUGACAUUUUCAUCAAAAAGGAGUAAGGUUUUCUGUAGACAGAUAAUUCCCAGCUUGCAUUUCCUUAAAUCUUUAUCUACUGAAUAUUGAUAGGAUGUUUUAUUUUAUUUUAUUUUAUUUGUCUUUUUAGGGCCUUGAUCAUGGCAUAUAGAGAUUCCCAGGCUAGGCAUCCAAUCAGAGCUAUAGCCUCUGGCCUAUGCCACAGCCACAGUAACGUGUGAUCUGAGCUGUGUCUGAGACCUACACCACAGCUCAUGGCAAUGCCAAAUCCUUAACCCACUGAGCGAGGCAAUGGAUCAAACCUGCAUCCUCAUGGAUGCUAAUCAGAUUCGUUUCUGCUGAGCCAUGACAGGAACAUCAGAUGUUUGAUUUUAAAAACAGAGAGAGAGAGAGCUCGUGUGUGUGUGUGUGUGUGUGUGUGUGUGUGUGUGUCUUUGUUCUGAGGAAAAAUAAGUUGGGUAAAUGAUGAGUUAAAUGGGUUUAUUUAUUACAUGACUUGUUAGAGAAUUUAAUAUGAUAAUAUGUAUUGUAAUUUUAAGAAGGGGAGAGAGUACGCAGUUUCUUUAGUUUAUGGAAUCCUCUUUAUGGAAUAUCUUGUGAAUCAUCAAUGCAAUAAUUUGAAGUGACUGCACUGUCUAGACGAAGGAUUCUCAGCCUCAGUAGUAUUUGAUACUUUGGACUGAAUACUUCUUUGCUGCAGGGGCUGUCCUGUGCAUUGGAGGAUGUUUAGUUGUAACCCUAGCCCCUACCCACCCCAUGUCAGUAUCACUCCCUGCCCCUGGAGUUGUGACAACCAAAAAGUUCUUCGGACAUUGGGCAGAUGUUUACUGGGGGACAAAAGCUCCCUCGAGGUUGAGAACCACUGGUCUAGACUAGAAGCUCCUUUUUUUUUUUUUUUUUUUUUUUUUUUUUCCAUUUUUGGUUACCCCACAGCAUAUGGAGCUCCCGGGCCAGGGAUCAGAUCUAAGCCACAACUUCGGCAACACCAGAUCCUUAACCCACUGUGCCUGCUGGGGAUGGAACCCGAAUCCCAGUGCUCCCAAGACACCACCUAUCCUGUUGUGCCACAGUGGGAACUCCUUAGACUGGAAGUUCUUGAAGGCAGAGGUUCUGUCUUUUUCCUGAGUCCACAGUACAGAUUAGACAUGGAAUAAAUGAAUAAAUGUUUGUUGAAGAAAUAAACUAGACCUUAUGAUCAGGAAAUACCAGAUUGUCCAGAUUUUUUUUUUUUUUUUUUUGUCUUUUGACCUUUUUAGGAGGUUCCCACCUUAGGGGUUUAAUUGGAGCUGUUGCUGCCGGCCUACGCCAAAGCCACAGCAAUGUGGGAUCCAAGCCGUGUCUGCGACCUACACCACAGCUCAUGGCAACACCGGAUCCUUAACCCACUGAGCGAGGCCAGGGAUCGAACCUGAAACCUCAUGAUUCCUACUCGGAUUUGUUUCCGCUGUGCCACGAUGAGAACUCCUCAGACUGUCCAGAUUUUUUAAAUAUCAGGUUAUAAACAAGAAAGUCUAGCAUGAUCGGUAUUGUAUUACAAUCUAAUUUAGCAAUUAAAUUGAUAAAUACAGCUGCUGUUUAAUCUUCCACAAUCUGUACAAACAAAAUAAUGUAGGCUACAGAAGUUUCCUUGUGGUACUCCUGGUGUUGUCACUGGAGCAGCCCAGGUCACCGCUGUGGUGUGGUUUCAAUCCCUGGCCUGGGAACUUCCAUAUGCAGCAGGAGUGGCCAAAAGAAAAAAAAAUAAUUCAGGCUAAUUUGUGGAGGAUUAAUAGAUCAUCUCUAGCCUGGUGAUGGACUCGAGUUUAGAGAUGGUUUUUUUUUUUUUUUAAUGAAUAUAAUUUUGUAAGGUUAACUAUAGAUCUACUGAUGCUGAUAAAAGAUUUUAUACAGUAGACUCUAUCUCAGAGUUCAUCAUACUGUAUCUAAUGUUGACAUCUCCCAUGUUCAAAAUAAUAGUGACAUGGAAAAAUACUUGGAAAUCUAGAGGCUCUUAGGUCAAAAGAUAUUCCAAACUUUACAUUAGAGUAUGUUCAGUAAACAAUAAGAUCUCAAUAAUUGUAGCUGUCGUCAUGAUCAUGAAAGGAAUAUCAUCCUUCGUGACCAAACAGCACAUCCAAUGUCUUUCACCUUCUUUAGGACCUCCAACUAGCCUGUUUCAGCCACCUCGUCGUCCUGGCCUUGGAACUGUCGGAAAACCAAUUCGACUGUUAGCCAAUCAUUUUCAGGUUCAGAUUCCUAAAAUAGAUGUGUAUCAUUAUGAUGUGGAUAUCAAACCAGAAAAACGGCCUCGUAGAGUCAACAGGGAGGUAGUAGAUACAAUGGUGCGGCACUUUAAGAUCCAAAUAUUUGGUGAUCGGCAGCCUGGCUAUGAUGGCAAAAGAAAUAUGUACACAGCACAUCCACUGCCAAUUGGACGGGAUAGGGUCGAUAUGGAAGUGACCCUUCCAGGCGAGGGUAAAGACCAGACCUUUAAAGUGUCUGUUCAGUGGGUGUCAGUUGUGAGUCUUCAGUUGCUUUUAGAAGCUUUGGCCGGGCACUUGAAUGAAGUCCCAGAUGACUCAGUUCAAGCACUUGAUGUUAUCACAAGACACCUUCCCUCCAUGAGGUACACUCCAGUGGGUCGCUCCUUUUUCUCACCUCCUGAAGGUUAUUACCAUCCUCUGGGAGGAGGUAGAGAGGUUUGGUUUGGCUUUCAUCAGUCUGUGAGACCUGCCAUGUGGAAUAUGAUGCUCAAUAUUGAUGUAUCUGCAACUGCUUUCUACAGGGCUCAGCCUAUCAUUGAGUUCAUGUGUGAGGUUUUAGACAUUCAGAACAUCAAUGAACAGACCAAACCUCUAACAGACUCCCAGCGUGUCAAAUUUACCAAAGAAAUCAGAGGUCUUAAAGUUGAGGUGACCCACUGUGGACAGAUGAAACGCAAAUAUCGAGUUUGUAAUGUGACUAGACGGCCAGCCAGUCAUCAAACUUUUCCCUUACAGCUAGAAAACGGUCAAGCUAUGGAAUGUACAGUAGCUCAAUAUUUUAAGCAAAAGUAUAGUCUGCAGCUGAAAUACCCCCAUCUUCCCUGUCUCCAAGUAGGACAAGAACAAAAGCAUACAUACUUGCCACUUGAGGUCUGUAAUAUUGUGGCAGGGCAGCGAUGUAUAAAGAAGCUCACGGACAAUCAGACUUCCACGAUGAUCAAAGCCACAGCACGAUCCGCUCCUGACAGACAGGAAGAAAUCAGUAGACUGGUGAAGAGUAACAGCAUGGUGGGUGGACCUGAUCCAUACCUUAAAGAGUUUGGUAUUGUUGUCCACAAUGAAAUGACAGAGCUCACAGGCAGGGUCCUUCCAGCACCAAUGCUGCAGUAUGGAGGCCGGAAUAAAACGGUAGCCACACCCAACCAGGGUGUCUGGGACAUGCGAGGAAAGCAGUUUUAUGCUGGCAUUGAAAUUAAAGUUUGGGCAGUUGCUUGUUUUGCGCCUCAGAAACAAUGUAGGGAAGAUUUACUAAAGAGUUUCACUGACCAACUCCGUAAAAUCUCUAAGGAUGCAGGAAUGCCCAUCCAGGGUCAACCAUGUUUUUGCAAGUAUGCCCAAGGUGCAGACAGCGUGGAGCCCAUGUUUAAACACCUGAAAAUGACAUAUGUGGGCCUACAGCUAAUAGUGGUUAUUUUGCCUGGAAAGACACCAGUAUAUGCGGAGGUGAAACGUGUUGGAGAUACUCUCUUGGGUAUGGCUACACAGUGUGUCCAGGUAAAAAAUGUCGUGAAGACUUCACCUCAGACCCUUUCUAACCUUUGCCUGAAGAUAAAUGCAAAGCUUGGAGGAAUCAACAAUGUGCUUGUACCUCAUCAAAGGCCUUCGGUGUUCCAGCAGCCUGUCAUCUUCCUGGGAGCAGAUGUCACGCACCCCCCAGCAGGGGAUGGCAAGAAGCCUUCCAUCGCCGCUGUUGUUGGCAGUAUGGAUGGCCACCCCAGCCGGUACUGUGCUACUGUUCGGGUGCAGACCUCUCGCCAGGAGAUCUCCCAGGAGCUCCUCUAUAGUCAGGAGGUAAUCCAGGACCUCACUAACAUGGUUCGAGAGCUGCUGAUUCAGUUCUACAAAUCCACACGCUUCAAACCCACUCGGAUCAUCUAUUACCGUGGAGGGGUAUCCGAGGGACAGAUGAAACAGGUAGCUUGGCCAGAACUAAUAGCAAUUCGAAAAGCAUGUAUUAGCUUGGAAGAAGAUUAUCGGCCAGGAAUAACCUAUAUUGUGGUUCAGAAAAGACAUCACACAAGACUCUUCUGUGCGGAUAAAACAGAAAGGGUGGGGAAAAGUGGCAACGUACCAGCAGGCACUACUGUGGACAGCACCAUCACACAUCCAUCUGAGUUUGACUUUUACCUCUGUAGUCAUGCAGGAAUUCAGGGAACCAGCCGUCCGUCACAUUACCAGGUCUUGUGGGAUGACAACUGCUUCACUGCAGAUGAGCUCCAGUUACUAACUUACCAGCUGUGUCAUACUUAUGUGCGGUGCACACGCUCAGUCUCUAUUCCAGCCCCUGCCUAUUAUGCCCGGCUUGUAGCAUUCAGGGCACGGUAUCAUCUGGUGGAUAAAGAUCACGACAGUGCGGAAGGCAGUCACGUGUCAGGACAGAGCAACGGCCGAGAUCCUCAGGCCUUGGCCAAAGCCGUGCAGAUCCACCAUGAUACCCAGCACACGAUGUAUUUUGCCUGAGAGUCUCAGAAAAAGAACUCAACCAAUUGACACCCCAUGCAGCCUCAAAAUGUUUCAAAUGCCUACCGCCUCUAGAGAGAGCCAAGCUGACUUCAGGUGGUCUUCUACCAGCAAUUCGGAAUGGUUGCACUGAAUCUAUACUUCACAGCACUGUCUGAUGCAUCAACAAAAUUGAGCCAUUUUUUUUAAAGUAAUAGAUACUCAUAGAUUGUCUUUUCUGAUGCACUGGACUGAAUUUUUACCUCAUCAUGCAAAGGCUGAUCAGCCUGAACUUUCUAAAGGACUUUACAAGAAAGGUUUCUAUGGACUAUUUUGCUAGCUGUGGUGUUCACCGCAUCCUUCUAGUCUUACAAGAGAGGAUUAUUCCUUUUUUCUGUAUUCAUCGAGUGGGGUAUGUGCAUAAAUGGGAGAGAAAAACCAAACAGUCUACUUCGGUUCAGUGUAACUAUUUAAUUGUGUGGGUCCAUAGACUUUUUAAUGGAGAUUUCUGACUUCACCACUGUAAAUGCCUUUAAUGAGCAUUAAUUUUUGAAAGUUUUACAGAGUUUUAUUAGUUUUACUACUUUAUCUAUUGAUCUCUACAGACUUGUGCUGGUGUAAGUACAGGCUGCCAGGCAAAUUGCACUAUAUUCGGCUGCAGAUUCAGGCAGGCAGUUCUCUUAUUUGGUUGACUUUUGUGAAUGUGUAACACAGACAGAUGGAAUGCAUGUCACAGCGACAGAUAACACUGCCAUGGUCAAAGUACUCAUGUUUCCCCCUUUUUGAAAAAAAAAAUUAGCUUUUAGUAUUUUUCAAAAGUGCCCAUUUUAUGCUGCUGUGUGGUUUGUUAGAUCUAAAUGAUUUUUAAACUUUUCUCAUAGAAGGUUAACUUUGGCAAUAAACAUUUUUUAAGGUCCCUUCUCUUCCUCCUCCUGACAAUGUAGUUUUUUAGAUGAGAUUUCAGUAUGAUUUUUAUCAGCUAUUUCUUACUAGAUCAUAGUCUGGCAAUUUCUGAACCUGGUCAGAAAAGACAUAUAUUUCCAUGCCUUUUUUAAAAAUUAUUAUCUGUUUUAUAGUCACAGUUGAUGUCCUGUCACUUUGUUUUAAAAUAAGCUAGAACCAGGAUGCUUCCUUAUUGGAUAGGCUUUGCCAUCCUUAAGGUACAUUGAGUGAUGCUGCAACUUGCAAAAAUGUACCAGCAUUUAAAACUUUUUUUUCCCGGGAAUCAAGGUUACUCACAGAAUUACUUGCAGUGCAAAAAUUUUGCUUCUCUUUCAACCUGAAAUGUAUUUGGUGGGGAUUCCUUCCUUUUAUUAAACUGAAACUACAUAGAAAAGGUUGAUUUUUCUUAAUAGAUUCUGGAUUCCGUUCACAGGGAGACAGGAUUCCUUUCUUGUCCAAACAAAGGAAGUUGAUCUAAAGUAAGCAUCAGUGAAAAUGUAGGGGGAAAUGUAUUUUGUAUUUAGUGUAGAUAAUACUUUGUGAAUGGACAACAGUUACAUAGAGUCUUGAUAGUUCCAGCCAGUGUUUCCCAGUCCAAUUUUUACUGACUUAGAAUUCUCUGUCCUGGAAUCUCAGGAGUGAGAGCUGGAAAGAGAGAUUAAAGUCCCAGAGCCACUCCAUAUGGCUGGGAGGAGAGAUAGACACCAUGUGGUAAAUUGAUUUUGCCACCUAUGUCUGGAAACUGCUGGUGGGGGAAACACUGGAUCUAAUGGUGAAGGAUGUUUGCUCGAACUCAUUAGCCAGUCCAAAUCUCUUAAACUAGCCUUCUCAAAAUCCCAGCAAUAUAAAGCACUGUUUUUCUUCAGUCUUUUAAAGAAGCUUGUAAAUACAUUAAAGUUUACAUUUCCAUGUGCUGUUGAUCAGCGGCGCCACCAGUGUUUGCUGAGACUGGUCUCUGAGAGUUUUAUAAUGUAUAUGGAGUCCUAAAGCUCAUUAAGAUACAAGCGCAGACCUCCUUAUUCUCUCCAUAGAGUGGGAUGAAAGCAAGCUCUGUAAUAGAGGCACAACAUAGGUGGGAGUGAAGAAGAUGGCAGAUGUUAAUUAAUUUCUUAAGGUUUUCCUUUUUUGCAAAUACCUCACUUGGACACUACAAAUCAGGACAUGUUGGUGAGGGGCUGGCUGCUGCUUUUUAUUCAUACUUGUUCAGGGAGAGCACAGAAAAUACCCUUCAGCUUGGCCACCCUGGACUCAAAGAAGGAAAAAUGGAAGAUUUUUUUUAGGAGAAGGACUUGCUGGAGUCCAGGCUGUGAAGAACUCUUGGUGGCUGGCUGGCUGGCCAGCAGGCACCACAUCUGCAUUUGAGUGCCUCAGACUUGCUUGUUAACAAUGCACAGAAGAAGUGUCACUUCUCACCAUCUCCUGGCAUGUAUGGAGCAGGGAGUGAGGCGGAAUGCCAGGAAGCCCUGACUCGCUUGCCUGCAGUUGGGCUAUCCGCUGGACCUUGAACUGUAGUUUGUAUGACCUCAGUCAGUCCAAGUACACUGGGGCAAAUCAGCGUUGUGGUGGAGGAAAAGCCGGGAGGCCUAUUUUUCUAGGAAAACAGUACCUUUAAGGGUGCAAUGCUGUCAUUUUGGACAAAUGAAAAGAAAUACAGAACUAGGAUUGUUGGAAAACACUUGCUGAGGGGUGAAUCUUUAAAAGGUAAUCACUGCAGAACCAGAGUUGCAACAAUACUACUUCGAGCAAAUCUGAAUGCAGUUUUAAUUUGGCUUGACAGUGUGAACACAGUAGCCCCUUGGGACUGACUGAAUCCUUAUGCAUGUGUCAAUCAAUGGGAGGUGUGCAUUCUCUAGAAGUAGCUUUAGGCUGUUGGGUUUUUUUUAAAUGCAGCCUAUUUAGGCACUGUCAUGUGGUGUGAAAGAUUUCAAUGUAGCAAUGCUAAAGAGUAACAAUUUGGGAAUAAGGGGCGGGGAUAUUAAAUGGUGAAGAUCCAAAUGUUGAACCAAUUAUGUUUUGUUGUUGUUAGCUGUAAAGUGAACUAGCUGGCUUAAUACAGCCAGUUGUCUGGGCAGGCAGAACAUACUCUUUCUUACUGUAAAUUCUAUUUGCUGCUUCCAAAGGUGAUGAUUUAUAAGCAGACAUAUUCUACAUGGUCUGUAUUUUAGGAUCUGGUGCCCAGGCUAUAUCAGAGCUUAUCUAGCUGGCUCAGCAACCUACCCAUCCUGUGGGAAAAGGUAAUCCACUGUUUAACAAGGCUCACCCUCUCUGCCCUGCUCUAGAGACCCUUUGUGAAUGUGCUGUAAGAUUUUCUUGCUCAAUAGCAAGGUGGUAGCUCUGCUUUCAUUUUAAGGAAGUGGAGACUGAGGGCAUUGUAUCAAUACUGCUUCAACUCCAAGGAUUUUUCCUUGUAAAAUUAAAGGGAAGAUCUUGUUAUAGAUUAACCAUUUUCUUAUCCCUUGCUAUUGACAUAUUCAUGCUCCUUCUACAUCUAGUGGCUAAAAAUGUUUGCAUUUGUUCAUUUGACUAAUGGUGUCAUUUUUUGUUUCUAUAUUGUUACGCCUGUAAUGUUUUCAAAUGUAUUUUAUUAAAUUUGGACUGGAUGUAUGUCUCUAGCAAUACGAGGUACUUGCUAAACUAUUAAGGGAGGGGUGGUAGCCCCAUGUUGAGAUAAGAUAAUGGUUGUUUAAGUUUCAAUUUUGUUUUUUUUUUUUGGCCUGCAGGGAUAUUUUGUGUUCAUGUGUCCAAAAAAAGAAUAAAUUGGCAUUCUUGUGCCAAAUGUUUUUUUGUGUCAAAUGUCUAAUAAAUAUGGAGUAUACUGUAA